GGUUUCAGUUCAACAGGACGAACUGACAGAGAGCGAGAGAGAGAAAUCACCACAGAGAGUUCACGUGGAACAGUUGGACUUUACUCAGCGGCAGCAGCAGCUCAGACGGAGGAGGAGGAAGAGGAGGACGAGGAGGGGGGGGCACUGAGGCUUGUGUGAGGUGUCGAAGCUGAGACUGACAUGACAAAGAACGGAUAUCAGCAGGAUCACAAAGCCAGACCCAGAACGUUAGAUACCAGCUCUUUGUGGUACCAGAGUGCUUAGGGACUCCCUCAUCUCAACAUAAUGAUCUUGAGUGACGCGCACACGUCAGAGAGGACACUACAUUAACAUACUUCCCUGUCAUCAUCUUGGAUUAUACUGGAAUAUUGGAAUCCAGAUUCAGUUUUGGAUGUACGUUAAUUUCCAACCUGGAAGCAGCCAUCGUUCUAAACUUUUCAGUUGCCUUUAUUUAUUUUCGUGACAACACUCCCUGAUGAUCACAAGGGAAUAUGUCACUCUGUUUCUGGUGGUUGCUUGCUUCCUGUUGGACUACAGCUCCCAAAGUGCUCCGCUCCAGAGCAGAACUAAGGGUGCGGUGAUGUCAGGUCGGGGGGCAACAGGGCCAAAGAGCAUGAGGGUGUCUACUGGCAAGGUGACAUCACUGGAGGGCAGGAAGAGGCUAAGGAGACAUGGGAGGUCGAGGGCCCAGCGGAUUAAAAGAGGAUGGGUGUGGAACCAGUUCUUUGUCCUGGAGGAGUACAUGGGCUCUGAACCACAGUAUGUUGGAAAGCUCCACACUGACAUGGACCACGGAGACAAUGCGGUGAAGUACACUUUGUCAGGAGAAGGAGCCGGGUCCAUCUUCACCAUCGAUCAAAUUACUGGAGACAUACAUGCGCUGGUGGGGCUGGACAGGGAGGAGAAGUCCUACUUUACCCUGAGGGCCCAGGCCGUCGACGUCCACACAGGCCUCCCGCUGGAGCCGGAGUCUGAGUUCAUCAUCAAGGUGCAGGACAUCAACGACAACGAGCCACGGUUCCCAGAGGGACCGUACAGCGCCAGUGUCCCGGAGAUGUCCCCCACAGGAACCUACGUGACACAGGUGACUGCCACCGACGCAGAUGACCCCACCUAUGGCAACAGCGCGCGCAUCGUCUACAGCGUCCUUCACGGACAGCCCUACUUCUCCGUGGACCCCAAGACCGGAGUGAUCAGGACAGCACUGGCCAACAUGGACCGCGAGGUGAAAGAGGAAUACCAGGUUCUUCUCCAGGCCAAGGACAUGGGGGGUCAGCUGGGGGGGCUGGCAUCCACCACCACUGUCAACAUCACGCUAAGCGACGUCAACGACAACCCACCGCGCUUUGCUAAGAGUAUAUUCCACCUUCGGGUGCCAGAGUCUGCAACCGUUGGCUCGGCGGUGGGUCGGAUUCGGGCCCACGAUUUGGACGCCGGCAGUAAUGCAGAGGUUCAUUACACCAUUGUUCCGGGAGAUGAGGGCAAAAUGUUUGACAUCGUCUCGAGUGGCCAAAGUCAAGAGGGAGUCGUAGUCUUGAAAAAGACUCUCGACUAUGAAACCAAGAAGUCGUACACUUUCAAGGUCGAGGCGUCCAACACACAGCUGGAGCCCCGUUUCCUCCACCUGGGGCCCUUCAAGGACUCGGCGACCGUGAAGGUGAGUGUGCUGGACAUGGAGGAGCCGCCCGUCUUCACCAAGCCCUCCUACUCCAUGGAGGUGUACGAGGACACGCCUCCGGGGACCAUCAUCGGCUCAGUGACCGCCCAUGAUUUGGAUGCCAGCAGCAGCGCGGUCAGGUACUCUCUUGAAUGGGACACAGAGUCGGACAGCUGUUUUGACAUCGACACUGUUGAGGGAACCAUUUCAACCAAUGAGUACUUGGACAGAGAGACAGCUGUCCAGCACAAGAUCACUGUGGUGGCAACCAAAGUCAACAACCCGCUGCUGUCUUCCAAAGUGUCCGUGACGGUCAGCGUCCUGGAUGUGAACGAGUUCCCUCCGGAGCUGCUGGUUCCUUCAGAAUCCUUUGUGUGUGAAAGCUCCAGAGUGGGACAGGUGAUCCAGAAGCUCAGCGCUGUGGACAAGGACCUUCCACCUGUCGGCCAGAGGUUCUUCUUCAAAGUCCCCAAGGAGCUCCGCAACAGAAACUUCACUGUUCGGGACUUUGGAAACAACACUGCCGGCGUUGUGACCAGGCGCUCCGGCUUCCAGCGGCGGCUGCAGGACGUCUACCUUCUCCCGGUUGUAGUCGAAGACAGCGGCUACCCCGCCCAGAGCAGCACCGCCACCCUCACCAUCCGCGUGUGCUCCUGCGAGGCCGGGGGCUCACUGCUGACCUGCUCCGCCCAGGCCAUCUUCCUGCCCGUGGGCUUCAGCACCGGGGCGCUGAUGGCGAUUCUGCUGUGCGUCGCGCUGCUGAUCGUCAUGGCAGCAUUAUACAUGAGCCAGAGGCGCCGCAAAGAGAAGGAGACCCUGAUGACGUCAAAAGAGGACAUCCGCGACAAUGUCAUUCACUACGACGACGAGGGCGGCGGCGAGGCGGACACUCGUGCCUUCGAUAUGGGCACCCUGCGGAACACACACUCGCGUCACACCAGCAGCCACAGCAGCGCCUCCAAGAUGGAGAAGAACGGCUACGGCGACGGGGUUCUGAUGCACCUCGCCAGCCGCUGCGACGGCGUCAGGUCCCCGGACAUCCAUCGGCAAACAGCCAGCGUCAUCCUGGCCGUGAACGGCAAGGCCCCGCCAUCGUCCCGUGGCAGGGUGACUGAGGGCAAUGCGGAAAUGAUCCGGGGGUUCAUCGAACACCAGCUGGAGGAGAGCCAGCAGGGCUCCGCCGCGCCGCCCUACGAUUCCCUGGCCACUUACGCCUACGAGGGCGACGGCUCCGUGGCGGGCUCGCUCAGCUCCAUAGAGGGGUCGUGGGUGAUUGACACUUCAGGAGAUUUUAGCUCUCUUGGUGACUGGGGACAGCCGUUCAAAACACUGGCCAGCAUCCUGGACAGACAGCCGCCCGCUGUGUCUAAAGAGAGCUGAGGGGACAGUGAAGGGCGCAGAGACAUUGAGCAGCCAUGUGGGAAUUAGUUUACUUUCUUCAGACAUGUUUUUUUUUUUUUUUUUUACUGUGACGGGCUAGAUGGAUGUGAGGACUGACAGAACACUGUCCAUGUGAGGUAGAGUUGUGGCAGAGAACCUAGCUUCAGCUGCGUGACAAGGUAAACUCCUCAAAGUGCCUGAGGUACUGUAUGUUUACAUGUCUUUUAAUUCAUGUUGCUUAAUAAAAAAACAUUUUAUGAACCUACUUUUUAUAUUUCCUUUUCUUGACGGCCGAUGGAAUCUCCGAGGAACCUGUGAAACGGCCGCCGCCAGGCAAAGCGAGACGAAACAGAGUGGUGAUUAAACCAGAGCUGAAAAUGUCCGAGCUUGACUGCAGUUGAAAAACUUUCAGUCUGGGGAGGUGCACCAGGCGCAGACCACUCACAACGUCCAUGACCUUUGAGAAAGCAAACUUUUCAGACAUUCAUUGGUUUCACAGACAGAAUCGACACAGGUCCAAGCGAAAUGUGCCGGAUUGUCUGAGGGUCAGGGGCCUCUGAUACAUUGAGUGGGUCCUCAUUAGCAGACAACCAAGGUGCAUGUCUAGUAAAAAAUAUUUUGACACCCCCAACUAAGAUUCACAUUGGACGCCGCAGGAAAGUGGAGGCCACAGGAACCAAAACUGGUGAAAUCUGAGGAGCAUCCUGUUGAAUGUUGACGAGUUGUGGUCAGGGUGACAUGCAUCGCUGAGUUGACAACAGCAAAGAGCCCCCCCAAAGAGAAAGGGGGCUCUCGAGUAGCACUGUACCAAAGUCAACUGAGAGUGAAGUGAUGUCAGCUACAACUACACAAUGUCUUCAAUUCUGCUUAAUCACCCGACAUAAAGGA